AUGACCGAGUGCUUCCUGCCUCCCACCAGCAGCCCCAGUGAACACCGUCGGGUAGAACACAGUGGGGGGCUGGCUCGUACUCCCAGCUCUGAAGAAAUCAGUCCUACAAAAUUCCCUGGAUUGUACCGCACUGGUGAGCCUUCACCACCUCAUGACAGCUUGCAUGAGCCUCCAGAUAUAGUAUCUGAUGAUGAAAAGGAGCAUGGCAAGAAGAAAGGAAAAUUCAAGAAGAAAGAAAAAAGAACGGAAGGUUACGCUGCCUUUCAGGAGGACAGUUCUGGUGAUGAAGCUGAAAGCCCUUCCAAGCUGAAGCGGUCCAAGGGAAUACAUGUCUUCAAGAAACCCAGUUUCUCCAAAAAAAAGGAAAAGGAUUUUAAAAUAAAAGAGAAACCCAAAGAUGACAAACACAAGGAGGACAAGCACAAGGAAGACAAACAUAAAGAGAAGAAGUCGAAAGACUUAACGGCAGCAGAUGUGGUGAAACAGUGGAAAGAGAAGAAGAAAAAGAAGAAGCCAAUCCAGGAGACAGAGAUCCCUCAGGUGGAGGUUCCGAGCCACAGGCCUGUGUUUGGCAUCCCUCUGUCUGAGGCGGUGGACAGGACCAUGCUGUACGACGGCAUCCGCCUGCCCGCCGUCUUCCGUGAGUGCAUCGACUAUGUCGAGAAGUAUGGCAUGAAGUGUGAAGGCAUCUACAGGGUUUCAGGAAUCAAAUCAAAAGUCGAUGAGCUCAAAGCAGCCUACGAUCGAGAGGAAUCUCCCAACCUGGAGGAAUAUGAGCCCAACACAGUAGCCAGCUUGCUGAAACAGUACCUACGAGAACUGCCCGAGAACUUGCUGACCAAAGAGCUCAUGCCCCGCUUUGAAGACGCUUGUGGAAAGAGCACAGAAGCUGAGAAAGUUCAGGAGUGCCAGAGGCUGCUGAAAGAGCUGCCAGAGUGUAACCAUCUCCUCAUUUCUUGGCUGAUUGUGCACAUGGACCACGUUAUUGCCAAGGAGCUGGAAACAAAAAUGAACAUCCAGAAUAUUUCUAUAGUGCUCAGCCCUACAGUCCAGAUCAGUAACCGUGUCCUGUAUGUACUUUUUACACACGUCCAAGAGUUCUUUGGGAAUGUGACCCUAAAGCAGGUGACAAAACCUCUUCGCUGGUCGAACAUGGCAACAAUGCCAGCGCUUCCAGAAACACAGGAGAGCAUCAAGGAAGAAAUCAGGCGACAGGAAUUCCUCCUGAAUUGUUUACACAGAGACUUGCAGGCAGGGAUAAAAGACUUAUCCAAAGAAGAGAGACUCUGGGAGGUGCAAAGAAUUUUAACAGCUCUUAAGAGGAAACUGAGAGAAGCAAAGAGACAGGAAUGUGAAACCAAGAUCGCACAGGAGAUUGCUAGCCUUUCAAAGGAGGAUGUCUCCAAAGAAGAAAUGAAUGAGAAUGAAGAAGUCAUCAACAUUCUGCUGGCACAGGAGAACGAGAUUUUAACGGAGCAGGAAGAGCUGCUGGCCAUGGAGCAGUUCCUGCGGAGACAGAUUGCCUCAGAGAAGGAGGAGAUCGACCGGCUCCGAGCAGAAAUAGCUGAAAUACAAAGUCGCCAGCAGCAUGGCCGGAGUGAAACUGAGGAGUAUUCUUCUGAGAGUGAAAGCGAGAGCGAAGAUGAGGAGGAGCUGCAGGUCAUCCUGGAAGAUCUGCAGAGACAGAAUGAGGACCUGGAGAUAAAGAACAACCACCUGAACCAAGCGAUUCACGAGGAGCGAGAGGCCAUCAUUGAGCUGCGGGUGCAGCUUCGCCUGCUGCAGCAAGCAAAAUCAGAGCAGCAGGUGCAGGAAGAAGAGGAGCCAGAAAAACGUGGGGGUGUUCCUCAGCAGCAGCAAAGAGACACUGUCCUGGAGACAAAAGCAGCCAAAGAGCAGCCGAAAGCAAGCAAGGAGCAGCAAGUCAAGCCAUCGCCAAGCAAAGACAGGAAAGAAACUCCCAUCUGAUCUAUCUCCUUAAAUAUG